AUGGAUCCGAAAAGUGACGAAUUGAUUGCUGAGCUACGGAAAGCUAUAUCUAUCAAGAAAACAGAGAUGGCUCACUUAAAAGAAGAAUUCGAUGAGUCGAAAAAACGCUUGGCUUUUUUGACAUCAAAGAUUGCUGAGGGACGAGCGAAGAUAACUGCUAAUAGAAUAAAAAUUGCCACUUUGGACGCUGACAGAUGUGCAUGCAUUCAGAUAGAAAAGCUAAACGCUGAACUGAUCGACAAAUUUGAUGCCAUGUGUAAAAAAGUAUGCGCAAUUAACGAAGAAACAGAAAAACAGAUUACCGAAUUGCAACUGGAAAUUGAAACAGCGAAGGAUAUCAAAAGCGUUGUUAAUACUUAUGAGGAAACGUUGGGAAUGUUACGUAUUAUGAGAUUUGGUAACGAUGACAGCAUGGAUGAUAUACGUAAGGAUAUUGGAAGUGCACAAAACGAAUUGCGGCUGCUGUCAAAUGAAGUGCAAGCUUUUGAAAUGAAUGAAAAGACAUUGAGUGAUAAACUGAAAACCGUUAUAUGCGCUGACAUUCCAUUAACAGUUAAACAUCAAAUUUACUACGAUUUGAAAAGGCGUAAAGGGGAGUUGGUUCGUAAACUUAUGCAUGCACGACUCAGCCGAAGCCGUCUGGAUUCACGAUUUGUGAUGAACGAUUUGUGA